CACUACUCGAAGAGCGGCGUCGUGACCGAGUCGCGCAAGUCCGCCGAGGUCGACCAGAUCUGGGGCGACCGCCAGCCCUUCCACGGCGACGACAAGCCAUGGGACGUGCGCGUCGACACGGUCCUCACAGAGCCCGAGGACCAGGUCAAGAACUGGGUGCAGUCGUUCUGCGUCUUGUGCUCGAACGGCUGCGCCGUCGACGUCGCGGUCAAGGACGGCGAGCUCGUCGGCAUGAAGGGCCGAGCCGUCGACCGCAUCAACAAGGGCAGGCUUGGACCGAAAGGCAUGUACGGCUGGGUGUCGAUGAAGGCCGAGGACCGCCUCAAGACGCCGCAAAUCCGCAACGUCGAGACGGGCCAGCUUGAGCCGGCGACGUGGGACGAGGCGCUCAGCCUCAUGGUCGAGAAGGCCAAAGGCCUCGUCAAGGAGUUCACGCCCCACUCGAUCGCCUUCUACACUUCUGGCCAGCUCAUGCUCGAGGAAUAUCACUCGUUGGCGCUCCUCGGCAAGGCCGGCUUCGGCACCCUGCACAUGGACGGCAACACGCGCCUGUGUACGGCGACAGCGGCAGCCGCAAUGCGCGAGUCGUUUGGCUGCGACGGCCAGCCGGGCAGCUACGUCGACUUUGACCACUGCGACACGCUCUUCAUGGUCGGGCACAACAUGGCGGCGACGCAGACCGUCCUGUGGUCCCGCAUCCUCGACCGUCUCGCCGGCCCGAAUCCUCCUUUCCUCAUCGUCGCCGACCCGCGCCGUACGUCGGUCGGCCACGCCGCCGUCGAGAACGGCGGGAUCCACCUGCCCGCUCGUGUCGGGACCAACCUGUGCCUCCUCAACGGCAUCCUCAAGAUCCUGCUCGACAGCGACGAGUUCCACGACAGCGACUUCAUCUCCAAGCACACGAUCGGCAUCGACGCUCUGCGCGAGACGGUCAAGGACUACCCUGUCGAGCGCGUGUCCGAGAUCACGGGCGUCGACGCCGAGCUCAUCCAGCAGGCCGCCGAGAAGAUCGGGCGCAGCAAGCGGCACGUGUCGACGUGCCUGCAGGGCGUCUACCAGUCGAACCAGGCGACGGCGUCGGCGUGCGCGGUCAACAACAUCCACUUGGUCAAGGGCGCGAUCGGCAAGGAGGGUGCGACCGUGUUCCAGUUCAACGGUCAGCCAACGGCUCAGAACAACCGGGAGUGCGGCUGCAACGGCGAGUUUCCCGGGUUCAGGAACCCGUCCAACCCGGCGCACAUGCAGGAGCUCGCCGACCGGUGGAACAUCGACGUCAAGACGCUCCCGCACUACGGCCAGCCGACGCACAUCAUGAGCCUGCUCAAGUUCAUCGAGAACGGGUCGAUCAAGAUGCUCUGGAUCUCGGGCACCAACCCCGCCGUCUCGAUGCCUGAGCUCGCCCGUAUUCGCCGCAACCUCGCCAGCAAGGACCUGUUCGUCGUCGCGCAGGACAUUUUCCCGACCGAGACGACGGCGCUCGCCGACGUCGUGCUGCCGGCGGCCCAGUGGGCCGAGAAGACGGGCUGCGGCACCAACGCCGACCGCACCGUCCACCUGUCGCACCAGGCCGUCAAGCCUCCCGGCGAGGCGUGGACCGACAUGAAGAUCUUCUCCGAGUUUUCGCGCCGCAUGGACUUCAAGGACAAGGACGGCAACCCGCUCAUCCCGUGGACCGACGACGCCGAGGCGGCGUUCAACCACUGGAAGUACACGAGCAAGGGUCGUCCCGUCGAUUAUUCCGGGAUGAGCUACGAGAAGCUCACCGGCGGCAGCGGCGUCCAAUGGCCCUGCAACGACGAGCACCCUGACGGCUGCGAGCGGCUCUACACCGACUUCCAGUUCCCGACGACGCUUGACACGGUCGAGAGCUACGGCCACGACCUGUUCACGGGCACGGUCAUCUCGCCGCAAGAGUUCAAGGCCCUGAACCCGAACGGGCGCGCGAUCCUCAAGGCGUGCCACUACCACCCGCAGGAGGAGUUCGUCUCGGACGACUACCCGUUCCGCCUCAUCACCGGCCGUGUCGUGCACCACUUCCACACGCGCACCAAGACGGGCCGGUCCAAGGAGCUCGAGGACGCCGCACCCGACGUGUUUGUCCAGAUCUCGGACGCCGACGCCGCCGAGCUCGGCAUCGAGUCGGGCGACAUGAUCCUCGUCGAGUCGGCGCGAGGCUCGCUCGAGGGCCCGGCCAAGGUCGGCGAGAUCGCUCGAGGCGACGUCUUUGUGCCGUUCCACUACGGCUCGGCCGACCAGGACAACGAGGGCGGCAAGAAGAUGCGCUCGCGCGCCGCCAACGAGUUGACGCUGUCGGCGUGGGACUUUGUCUCGAAGCAGCCGACGUUCAAGGGCGGCGCCGUGCGCAUCAAGAAGGUCGACGGCGUGCAGAUUCACGCCGUGUCGGGCCAGUACAAGGCCGAGCAGGACCGUGCGAGCGCACACAAGGGCGAGGGCCUCACCGAGCACAAGAAGGAGGACCACCACCGGCACCUCGAGGACGCGAUCGGCGAGUACGACGUGUUCAGCAAGGCCGUCCUCGACAAGAUGCUCGAGCUGGCCAAGACGCACGCCGACGAGAUGGAGCUCCGCCUCGGCCUCAAGCUGCACCACAAGCUGUGUGCGCAAGCCUCGGAGCGGCUGCAGCCCGUCAUCGACAAGUACGGCGAGGACGCGACGCAGGCCAAGACGGACGUCGAGACGAUCGUCAAGGCGCUCUUCCCCCGUCACCGCCUCGGCAGCAAGCAGUUCCAGGUCAUGUCCGACUUCACCGGGUUCCAGACGCUCCUCUCGCACCUCAUCGGGUGGCUGCACGUCCUCGCGCCGUCCCUCUUAGCGCUCCACGACGAAGAGUCGAACAAGCUCGUCCUCGCCGCGUCGCACCUGUUCGAGCAGGCUCGUGCGUGGGCAAACGACCACAACAAGGUGGCGGCGCCGCAGGCGCUCAUCGUGCCCGUCGUUCGGCACCCGGACCCGCCGCACUGAGCCUCUUGUCAGCCAUCCUCUCUCUUUUCCUCUCUUGCACACCGUCUCUCUCUGCAGUACGAACUGUCUGUCUCUCUGUAUCCCUCC